CAUACACACACACAUACACAAAACACUGAAGCAUUUUGCUUAAAUGUCAGUCUGAUCAGCUUUGCAUUGAAUCCUUUAACCACAGUCUGGAGAUGAUGAUCAGCCCAGGAGUCUUUCUGCUCACCUGGAUUUCAGUUCUUCUAGUCGGUCUAGGCCCAGGUCCAGGUCAGUGCUCUGCUGAUGAGACCAGACUGAUCAAGAAUCUGUUUAACGGCUAUAACAAGGUGGUUCGGCCCGUCAGCCAUUUCAACGACGCCGUGGUGGUGACGGUCGGGCUGCAGCUCAUCCAGCUCAUCAGUGUGGAUGAAGUCAAUCAGAUCGUCACCAGUAAUGUGCGUGUCAAGCAGCAAUGGAAGGAUGUGAAUCUGAAGUGGAAUCCGGACGACUACGGGGGCAUCAAGAAAAUUCGAAUUCCCUCCACCGACAUCUGGAAACCAGAUUUAGUACUUUAUAACAAUGCUGAUGGAGACUUUGCCAUUGUGCACAAGACGAAGGUCUUGCUGGAGUACACUGGUUUGAUCACGUGGAAUCCUCCGGCCAUCUUUAAGAGCUACUGUGAGAUUGUUGUCGUUUACUUCCCUUUUGACCUGCAGAACUGCAGCAUAAAGCUCGGCAUAUGGACCUACGAUGGCAACCUGGUUGUCAUCAACCCGGACAGCGAUCGUCCAGACCUCAGUAACUUCAUGGAGAGCGGCGAGUGGGUGAUGAAGGACUACCGCAGCUGGAAACACUGGGUUUAUUAUGCAUGUUGUCCAGACACGCCAUAUCUGGACAUCACCUAUCACUUCCUGAUGCUGAGACUGCCGCUGUACUUCAUCGUGAACGUCAUCAUACCCUGCAUGCUCUUCUCCUUCCUCACGGGCCUCGUCUUCUACCUGCCCACCGACUCUGGUGAGAAGAUGACCCUUAGUAUCUCUGUCCUGCUGUCUCUCACCGUGUUCCUCCUGGUGAUCGUCGAGCUGAUCCCGUCCACCUCCAGCGCCGUCCCACUCAUCGGCAAAUACAUGCUGUUCACCAUGAUCCUCGUCAUUGCCUCCAUCAUCAUCACCGUCAUCGUCAUCAAUACGCACCACCGCUCGCCCAGCACACACACCAUGUCUCCUUGGGUCCGCAAGAUCUUCAUCGACACCAUUCCGAACUUCAUGUUCUUCUCCUCCAUGAAGCGGCCGUCUCAGGAGCGCAAAGACAGGCGGCUUUCUCGCGCCGACUUCGACAUCUCAGACAUCUCAGGAAAACCCGCUCCCACCUCCGUUACCUUCCAGUCGCCCCUCACCAAAAACCCGGAGGUGCAGAGCGCCAUUGAGGGCGUCAAAUACAUCGCUGAGACCAUGAGGAGCGACGAAGUGUUCAACAACGCUGCUGAGGAGUGGAAGUUUGUCGCCAUGGUCCUGGAUCACAUUCUGCUCUGCGUCUUCAUGGCCGUGUGUAUCAUCGGCACAGCGGGAGUCUUCGUCGGACGCCUCUUUGAGCUCAACAUGCUGUAAGCAACGGGAGAACGACCGGGGAGGCCUGAAGUAAAGCCAGGGGCUGGAGUUUAGCUUGGAACUUCCAUCACAAAGCUCCCUGCUGGGCUGCUUUGGUAACGAAGUCUGCCUGGUGCUCGAUUCUGAAGACGCCUUGUUUACUGCUGAAAGCUCAGAUACCGUGCCAUAGUGAUUUUUCACAGGUCGGAAAGAAAGAAAAUCCAUCCUGAACCUCCUGAAUUUGAAUCAAUCGUUUUUCACCGAUUUCAUUUGUGCUGACAUUCAUGAGAUCUCUUUCGUUGAAAUGUUUCUCAUAUUUGAAUUUUUUAAAAUUAGUAUAUAUAUAUAUGAUUAUUCAUAUUAUAUUAUUGUGAAUUCUAUUAUAUUUAGCAAAAUCCAGAACGAGCACUAACCAGAAGAAGAGAACAAACAAAUCCUUCACAUAUAAACACGCAGUAUAGUGAAUAGAGGAAAUUUUAAAUUUUUUUAAAAGCAUACUAAACCAUUUUUUCUCUUCAAAAAAGUCCCAAAAAUGUGUCUUUUUGACUCAAAAAGGAACAAAUGGGUUACGAUCAAAGUUCCCAGAGAUUGUUAGUUGGGCAAUCAGAAAACAGAAGCCUAACAUUUCCACAAAACAGAAUUUUCUUUCACAGCUACAAUUGUACUUUA